AUGGCGCACUUGCGAGUCAUCCUGGCCCGCCUCGGAGCUGUCUUGGGCUUGCCGUUGCCCGUGCCAGGCCGUGUCGAGGCGGUCCUGGGCCAUCCUGGGACCGCGUCGCGGGUCGGGCGAGCCUCCGGCAGUUGGAGCGUGGAGUCUGCCCGGGGCGCUUGCGGGUGCGAGGCCAGUGCUGAGGUCGAGCAGGACACUGCUCCGCCGCCGGCAGAAGACGGUGACGAGUGGAUGGCGUUCAGCGACUCCAUGAAGAUGGGCAGGCAGGACGCCUGGAGCACCUCGGCAGCCAGCUUCUGCUUCUUCUCGUGGUCCACCCCGGCUUGCUGGAGCCGUUUGCAGGCCUCGUCCGCCACCACUUGCGCAGACUUGACCGUCUUGAUCUCGGAGAGCGUGCCCAGCUGCUGCUGCAGCAGGAAGCGAGACUGCCGCAGGCUGUGCUUGUCGCUGGCGGACAGCGUGACGGACAGCAGCUCGAAGUCGGUCUCGUUGAGUGCCAGGAAACGGUCACGGGCCUCGGGCGAGAGCUUGGGCGGCUGCGCCCCAGAGCUCCCGCCACCUCCACGCUUCGGCUUCUGCGCGACGUGCCACGGGCGGGAGUCGCCAGCACCGUGCGCCCAAGGGGUAGACGAACUCCCGCUGACAGGCAAUGCGUUGCGCCUGACGUUGAGGACGCUGGUCGCCAUCGCGGUGGCUGGCGUUUGCCUGCUGGCGACGAGCGCGCUGAUGGUGGUCCUCAACGUGGCGCUCUACGGGAAGCUGGGCGGCGACUGCGUCUGGGAGCGCAUCGUGGCCGCCGCGCUGAUCGGCGGCGCGCGCCUGGCGCUGCUGGCCGGGCCCAUGCCCGGGCCCUACGUGCACGGCUUCCGGGACUCGGACAUCGUGAGUCGCAACGCUUCGGGCGGCCGGUGA